AUGGGAAGAGAAAAGGACUCUAAAGGGGACGGAAAAACCAAAGACAAGGCGAAGAACCUGAAAAGGCUGAGUGACCGUGAAAGAACAGGUGCCGUGGGGGAUGUUGUCAAGAACAGCACAAAGACAAGUAGAUCUAAAGACAAGACACAAAAUGCAAAGUCUCCAAAGAAGGUCAAAACUCUGAAGACAGAGACCCAGGAGUCUGUCAGCAGUUCCAGUGACUCUGUAAAACGAGAGCCACAAGAUGAUUUUACUUCAGUAAAUGGUCUGAAAAGAAAACGAGUUAAAGAUGAAUCAAUGGAAGGGACGUCACAAACCGCUGCAUCACCUACUUCAAAGAGAAAGGACAAGCAACACAGUCAUGAAGAAGAAAGUGAAGGAGAACCUUUGAAAAAGAAGUCCAAAGUGAAAACAGAGAAGAUGGUAAAGAAAGAGGAAGGAGAGCAUCCGGUCUCAAAAAAAGCAAAGAGGACAAAGGAGGAGAUUGAGGAAGCAAAACAGCUGAAGAUCAAAAAGAAGGAAGAGGAGGAACAGAAUCGCUGGAGAUGGUGGGAGGAAGAGAAGUAUGAAGACGGAGUGAAAUGGAAGUUCUUGGAACACAAUGGACCCUACUUCCCCCCUGAGUACCAGCCAUUUCCUGACAAUAUAAACUUUUACUAUAAUGGUAAGAAGGUGAAGCUGAGUCUGGCAGCAGAAGAAGUGGCGGUUUUCUUUGCCCAGAUGCUGGACCACGAGUACACGACAAAGAAAGUGUUUCGGGAGAACUUCUUUAAAGACUGGAGGAAGGAAAUGACCCCUGAGGAGAGGUCCCUGAUUCAAGAUCUUGAAAAGUGUGACUUUAAAGAAAUUCACUCCAUGCAUAAAGCCAAAGUGGAGGCUAGGAAAAACAUGAGCAAAGAGGAGAAACUGGCUUUGAAGGAAGCCAAUCAGAAGAUAGUGGACGAACAUGGCUACUGUUUGCUGGAUCACCACAAAGAAAGAAUAGGAAAUUUUAAGAUUGAGCCUCCGGGUCUGUUCAGAGGAAGAGGCGAACAUCCCAAGCAAGGAAUGCUGAAAAAAAGGAUCCAACCUGAAGAUGUCAUCAUCAACUGUAGCAACAAAUCCCGGAUCCCCGUCCCGCCUGCUGGUCACCACUGGAAGGAAGUUCGAUGUGACAACACCGUGACGUGGCUGGCUAGCUGGACAGAAAAUAUCCAGGGCUCCAUUAAAUACAUCAUGCUUAAUGCUAACUCUAAACUCAAGGGAGAAAAGGAUUGGGAGAAGUACGAGGUUGCUCGUAAACUUAAGUCAUGUGUGGAAGACAUUCGGAACCAGUACCUCCAGGAUCUCAAGUCUAAACAGAUGGUGACACGUCAAAGAGCUGUGGCCCUGUACUUCAUAGACAAGCUGGCACUGAGAGCUGGUAAUGAAAAAGAGGAGGGCGAGACUGCGGACACAGUCGGUUGCUGCUCUCUUCGGUUUGAGCACAUCACCUUACACGAGCAGUUGGAUGGGAAAGAGUUUGUAGUGGAAUUUGACUUCCUGGGUAAAGACUCCAUUCGCUACUACAACAAGGUUCCAGUCAUCAAGCAGGUUUUUAAAAAUCUUAAACUUUGCAUGGAGAACAAGGAACCUGGAGAUGAUCUCUUCGACCGUCUGAAUACAACCCUUUUGAAUAAACAUCUGAGCUCUUUAAUGCCUGGUCUGACUGCAAAGGUCUUCAGGUUUGUGUUCAGGUGUAAGAACAUGGAGGUGCCUAUAGAAAAAAUCUACAAUAAAACCCAACGGGACAAGUUUGCCUGGGCCAUCGACAUGACGGAAGCAGACUUUGAGUUCUAAAUCUCAACUCGUGAAAUUCCAGACCCAUUAAUUGAUACCAACAUGCAAUUAAA